CCUAGAGGUCCGGAGCCCGGAGACUAGUCCGAGGCCUUGUAGCCUGAGGGCUUAGCCACGCCCACGCUCUCCCGGCGCUGCUACCUGGGCUCGCGCUGUUGCUACGGCGGGAAUCUAGGAGGCGCAGUAUAACGCCCUCGUUAUACGUUUAAAGUGCUAGGCACUUGACCCAGGCCGCCUGAUUCGGUCACAUGUUUACUGUUUGGAAGGCUAUUGAGAAGAGGCUGAUGAUGGUUCUGAAGACAGUUGCUUCUGCUUCGAUUGCUGCUGCCAGGAAGUGAAGUCAAAUGGAUAUUGGUGAGUUCUCUGCAACAGCAGGUACCUCACUUUAUUGGUUCAGAGUCAGCCGUAAUUUGGAAGCCUUCUUUAGUGACUUUAUAGGUCAAUCCUGCUUCUGGGAUCCAACUCUAUGUUGUGGUUAAGAAAUGUUUCAUAUCAGACAGAGUGACUCACAAGACAGAUAUAUUUACACAUUAAAUAACUAUUUCAUUAGAUUUAAAGAAUGAAGAGGAACAAUUUCUCUGUUGUGAAUAAAAUUGUCCAGUCUUCACCAGCAGUGAAACAGCCCAAACUUGGGUUCUGCUCUUCUCUAAAACAGACUCAAGUGUCCACUGUUGUUCUCGACUGGGGGAGUCUGCCUCACCAUGUGGUAUUACGAAUUUUUCAGUAUCUUCCUUUAAUAGAUCGGGCCCGAGCAUCUUCAGUGUGUAGGAGAUGGAAUGAGGUGUUUCAUAUUCCUGACCUUUGGAGGAAGUUUGAAUUUGAAUUGAACCAAUCAGCUACUUCAUAUUUUAGGUCUACUCAUCCUGAUCUCAUUCAGCAGAUCAUUAAAAAGCAUGCUGUACAUCUUCAGUAUGUCAGUUUUAAGGUUGAUAGUAGUACUGAGUCAGCAGAAGCUGCCUGUGAUAUACUUUCUCAGCUGGUAAAUUGUUCUAUCCAGACCUUGGGACUGAUUUCAACAGCUAAGCCAAGUUUUAUGAAUGUGUCGAAGGCUCAUUUUGUCUCAGCACUUACAGUUGUGUUUGUCAAUUCAAAAUCAUUAUCAUCAAUCAAAAUCGAAGACACACCAGUGGAUGAUCCUUCAUUGAAGAUUCUUGUUGCCAAUAACAGUGAUACUCUAAGACUCCUAAAAAUGAGUAGCUGUCCUCAUGUUUCAUCUGAUGGAAUCCUUUGUGUAGCUGACCAUUGUCAAGGCCUUAAAGAGCUGGCGCUGAAUUAUUACAUUCUAAGUGAUGAACUUCUCCUGGCACUUUCGAGCGAGACUCAUGUUAACCUUGAGCAUCUUCGAAUUGAUGUUGUAAGUGAAAACCCUGGACAGAUUGAAUUUCAUCCUAUUAAAAAGCACAGUUGGGAUGCACUUAUUAAACACUCCCCUGGAGUUAAUGUUGUUAUGUACUUCUUUUUAUAUGAAGAAGAAUUUGAGCCGUUCUUCAAAGAAGAAACCCCAGUUACUCACCUUUAUUUUGGUCGUUCAGUAAGCAAAGCUAUUCUAGGACAGAUAGGUCUUAACUGCCCACGACUAAUUGAGUUAGUGGUGUGUGCUAAUGGUCUUCAGCCUCUUGAUAAUGAGCUUAUCUGUAUUGCCCAACACUGUAAAAAUUUAACAGCUUUGGGCCUCAGUGAGUGUGAAGUUAGCUGCAGUGCAUUCGUUGAGUUUGUCAGACUCUGUGGGAGAAGACUAACCCAGCUCUCUAUCAUGGAGGAAGUUCUGAUCCCUGAUGACAAUUAUAGCCUCGAUGACGUUCAUACUGAAGUCUCAAAAUACCUGGGGAGAGUGUGGUUCCCUGAUGUGAUGCCUAUCUGGUGACCAACUACCAAAGAUUCUGAACAUUUUAAAUAAUCAAUAAGAUUAGCUGCUUUCUGUCUAUGCAAAUGUAAACUUUAAGAUGCGUAGCCUAAAUAUUUUAGGUUAAAUAUUUUAUUGUUUGCAAACUGUCUUAUUGGAUUGCUGCAGAAUCAUGUGAAAAAGUAUAAGAAAUGUCAGUAACCAGAAAUCUUUGUCAACAGAGCAUAGACACUAUAGAUUAGCUUGUUGAUAGGCUAGGGCUAAAAACUGAAUAGAUUCUUCCCCCUUCCUUGAAGGCAUAUUUUAGCUUACUAAGUAAAUAUAUAAUGUUAAACUUGUAUCUUUUCAGUUAUGCCUUUUACUUUACACUUCAUAUUGCUUUAAUUGUAUCUGGUUCCUCUUGGUACUAAUACAUUUUACAAAAUAUUUAGUAUGAAAAAUUAGAGUAAAAUCAAAAUAUAAAUACAGAAGUUUAAUUUAUUAUAUUUAUAAAAAUUUUAGCACUCUGUAAGAUCAUCUUGUGAGUCAGUAAACAACUUCUAAUUUAAAUUCUACUUUAUAUUAACUUGGAAGAUAAUUGGCAUUAGAUUAAAAUUAAAUAAUUCUGAUGCCUUUUAUAAUGAUACUAUGAAAAGAAAAAAGACAUUGCGAUAGUUAGUUGAUUAAGUACAUUUCACAGAUAAAGAAGUGAGUUUUGGAGGAUGUGUUAGAAGGAGAAUCAGCCUGGCCUUCUGUUAUGGAUCUGGGAUUAUGCCAGCUCUUUUGCAUAAGUGAUCUCAUAAUUUAAUUAACAGCACAGUUAAAACUCUUCAUUGUCUUUAGGAUGAAGAUGUAGCCUUAAAAUGACCUACACCAUGUGCCUCCUCCCCACUUCUUUUGUCUUAUCUCCCACCAUGCUGCCCCUGAUCCUUCUGCCAUUUUCUCAGUUCCUUUAACUGUCCUCUGUCCUCCAGGCACAAGAUGUCUGCACAUCUUCUGUCCACCUGGCUUACCCUCUGCUCCCCCAGAUCUUUCUUUAAUGUUACUUCCUCACAGAAGCCUUCCUUAACACUUGGCCCAUUCUCCAUGCCUGUAGGUCAGGUCCAGGUUGGGGAUGCCCUCACACUUCUGUGGUUCUUCUUAGCAGCAUUUAUCAGUGUCAUUUACCAUUUACUUGUCUGACUAUUACACAUUUAUUCCAUUGCACUGGGAACUCCAUCAGUGUAAGACCACUGUAUUUUUUUUUCCUUACUGUUAUAUCCCAGCAUCUGGCGUACUAGCUAGCACAUAGUAGACUCUCAAUAAACUUUACUUAAGUACUUUUCUUUUUCAAAUUUGUUUCCCUGCUUUCUAUCCCCAGUGUCUUUAAGUUUCUAAGAAAUUGAUUAAACUUAAAAAAAAAGAAAAUUAAAUGUUUACCAGAUAUUUACAUUUGAAUAUCUUUAAUUAUAAAAAUUUAAAUAUUCUUGCCUAUUUAGCAAUUAGAAUGCAUUUGUGGUUUGUAAAUGGUGGUUUUUAAAAGUAGUAUGUUUAUAUUCCUUAAUUUAGGACUUUUCUUAUACUCUCAUCAUUAUUACACAGUCUGCCUUGCUGUGAACUCUCUAAAGGGCAGGCAUCUCAUAUUCACCCCUCUCUCAGGAUAGUGGGUGCUAUGUUAGUGAGUGAUUGAUCAGUAAGUGUCAGUGGAACUGAGUUUAGUGGUUAAAAAAUAAAACCAAAUUGGGUAUGUGGUGGUGUAUGCCUGUAAGUGGCACAGGAGGCUGAGGCAGAAUGAUCACAAGUUCAAAGCUAGCCUCAGCAGUUUAGCCAGGCCCUAAGCAACUUAGAAGACUCUGUCUCAAAAUAAAAAAUAAAAGGCUGGGGAUAUGGUUCAGUUGCUAAACAAUCCUGGGCUCAAUUCCUGGUACCAAAAAUAUAAAAAAUAAAACCAAUUUCUUGAAAACAGUGUUAUUAUUACAGAUCAUCUUUCUAUAACUUAAGAUUUCCAGAAAGUACAGAAGCAGCCAAUAAUAGGAAACUUAGAACCUGAUCAGGGUAACAGAACCACAAAAGAAGUAGCUUUAGGACUAGGAAUGUGGCUCAGUGGUAUAGCAUUUGCCUGGAUACUAGAGACCCCUAGCAUGGAAGGAAGGGAGGGAGAGAGGGAAGGAAGCAGGCAGAAGGAAGAAGGUCUUGACUAGGAUGGAGUUAGUGAUCAGAGUAAUGGUGGAUACUGCAGCGAUAAGCCUCUGGUCUCACCUUGUGUUGCUUUAACAUGUCAUACUGGAAGAGGGUUGAGAGAAUACUGUAGGUAUGGUGAGGUUAUAUGGUAGCUAAGGAAGCAAACAGAGGUAUUAGAGGAGAGUGGUCAAGCACAGAGAGAAGGAGUACCAUUGACUUAUUCACAUGUGAUGAGAAGUUAUGCCCUAACUGGAGCUUUUCAGGGGCCUGCUGGUGAGCCUUGUGAACUAAGCACUCUAACGAACCUUAGAGCAAAACUCAAAAAGAGAUAUCUAAGUUUACCAACUCAUAUCAAUUCCCCUGAUUGAUCCAGUUUACUGAGUGAAUAUAAAUGGAAAAGAAAAAGAUUUUAAGAUAGCCCAAAACAAGGCCAGAAAAUAUAAAUUUUAAUGCUUUACCUAAUGAAAGCAUUCCAUAUGUUUUGGAAGUCUAUGAAAAGUUGUUUAUCUAAGAUUAGAGAAUUCUAGAUAAAUGAUAAGUUUGUUAUUAGAUUUCAAACUUUAGUCUUUGAAAAAAAUUUAGUCCUGUAAGCAUACUUGUUCAUGUUAAAAAUAUUUCUUUGCAUUUGUUAGAGAAUUUUAGAAUCAUUUGGAUAAUUUUGUGGGCAAGAAAGUAAAUGGAGAGAAUGGGGGUUCUUUUUGCGUUUUCUUUUCCUACCUUGUGGACAUUUGUUUCAUUGGUAUUGUAUAAAAUAACAGAGAAAUGAGUCAAUAGGCAGGCAAAUUUUUUAAGUGUAUCUGUAUUGCUUUUGUGCCAAAAAGUAUGAUAAACAUCAUCUAAAGGAUGUGAGAAUUCUUUCUGUAGGCCUGUCCUUUAUAAACUGAUCACUUAGGUACAUGCCUACCCAUGUUUAUAGCAGCACAGUUCAGCUAGCCAAACUAUGGAACCAGCCUAGGUUUCCAUCAACAGAUGAAUGGAUUAAAAAAUGUAUAUAUAAGCAAUGGGGUUUUAUUCAGCCGUAAAGAAAAAUGAAUUUAUGUCAUUUGCAGGAAAAUGGGUGGAACGUGAGAAUAUUAUGUUGAGAAAUAAGCCAAACUCAAAAAGGUCAAGGAGCAUAUGUUUUAUAUGUGGAAACUAGAGAGGAAAAAGGAAAAGAAAGGUAGAGGGAAGAGAGUGAUGCUGGCCAAAUUAUAUUGUUAUAUUUUGUACAUGUAUGAAUAUGUAACCAAAAAAUCCAUCAUUAUGUACAACUAUAAUGCACCAAUAAAAAACAUGGAAAAAAUGGAAACAAAAAACAGGAUGUGGGUAUAUGGUUUUUGAAUUAAGGUGAUAUUUUUCUUGGAUGGGAAGUGACCGGAGGAGAGAAAAAGGGGCUCCUGGGAUGGUGAUAAUGUUUUAUUUUUCACUGGGGGUUAUGGUACAUUCAUGGCCAUCAAAAUUCAUUAACUUAUUGCUCUAUGUACACUAUACUUCAAUAAAAAGUUUACUUAAAUGCCAAAAAUAAAUAACUGAAUAAAUUGAUCACUUAUUCUAUUUAAUUAAUUUUGUACAGCUCACUCAAAACAUUUUUAAAUAAAAAUUUAUCUUAUUCACCUU